AUGAGCAAGCUAUUUGCUCCCAAGCCAUCCUACAAACAGAUGCACGCCGUGCACAAACGCCGUGACACAGACCGCCAACGUCGGGGACCCGGCGAUGUCAUUCGUGUUUUGCAAAUCGCAGACAUCCACCUGGACUUUGAGUACAAGAGCGGCACGAAUCCCAACUGCGCGACCUACAUGUGUUGUCGCAGUGAUAGCGGGCCUGGCAGUGCAGGCCACUUUGGCGAUUAUCAGUGCGACUUGCCAACGCAAACGUUGGAAUCCAUGUUUGCCUACAUUAACGCCACGUUCGCCUAUCCUGGCAACCCGUCGCUGAAUGCAUCUAGUGCACCCAAUGGACACCUCGACUUUGCACUUUGGACGGGUGACAAUUCGGCGCACGACAUCUGGAAGCCAGACAACGGGCGCAACCUCAACGCGACCGCAUUUGUUGCGCGAGAAAUAUUCAACAACCUCCCUGGUUUGCCAGUGUAUCCUACGAUUGGCAACUAUGACUUUUCGCCAAACAACAUGUACGACUUUCUGCACGACCAGGCGCAACUCGACGCUCACGCGGAUCUGUACCGCAUGUGGCUGAGCGACGAAGACCUCGCUCUCUUUCGGCAGUUUGGGACCUACACUGCCCAAGUGCUGCCCGGCUUGAGAAUUUUGGCUGCGAAUCCCAUGCUGACGUUUACGGUAUGGCAUCAUCCUAGAGGCAACUUUUACAGCGCGCUAAACCUGAAAACUGAGGCAGGACACGUGCAAGGUCAAUUGCUGGACCAGCUACUGGCGAAUGCGUCUCUAGCUGGGGACCGAGUGUUGUUUAUAACGCACCUCUCAUCCGGUGGGACUGACGCAUUGCAGAGCGUCAGUGCGUACGCCGCAAGUCUUGUGACGACAUUCUCGGACACAAUCCUCUUUGCUGCCACUGGACACAUGCAUCGUGACAUGUUCCAGGUGGUCCAUGCAACUGAGCUAGGGAACGGUACAUCUCCAGGCCGGCUGCACGAAGACCAACCUGUCAAUCUGAUCUUGCCUUGUCCCUCCGUUGCUCCGUACCGGGACGUGAAUCCAGCCUUUCGCGUGUAUACAUUGAACGCGACGACGUUUGAGCUGAUUGGCAUGGAAACGCACUUUUUCAACUUGAGCCAAGCCAAUGCGAACGCGUCGGCGCUGAGCCAACUGGCUCCCGGUCUCAACCAAACUGAACGGGACAGCGCGUUGCGCGAAAUCGGACUGGCGUCGUGGAGCAAGCUGCACAGCUUUGAAGAGACGUUCAACCUGACCGACAUGUCGCCUCGGAGCUUUGAAAACUUGAGCCAGCGCAUUCGCGUCGAACCAGAAGUCGCAUCGCUGUUUGCGACAAUUCAAACGACCGCCAGGCGGCCUUUAGCUUGCCCAAUGGAGACGUGCGGUGUUGCCAACUAUUGCAUGACCAACGGCCAAUCGUUGCAGUCGAUUUGCACCAAUUGUCUGAAUUUGAUGCCAGUGCUGCUCCGGCUCGCUCAAGCCCCAGGCAACUAUUCGCUCCAGACAUCGUUCUCCUCCGUGUGCGAUGCUUCUCUGCAACUACUUGGCUACAACAGCAAGUUGAUUUGCCCGGGACUGGCCAUCCUCUAUGUCCCUCCCGCAGAUCUCGCGCUGCGAACCACUACCUUGACGGCACCCCAGAUUUGUGAGCUUCUCAACUACUGCGUGCGGUUCAACACCACCAUUUUUUCGUCCUUUACCAAUGGAACGACGCAGCCGCCGUCUUCGAGAGGCAAUCCGCCUGUGGCGACCAGUACCGGCCAAGCGCCUCCAGUCAAUCCGACUGCCACGUCUGGUCUCGCCAAUAAUCCUUCGGGUACAUCACUACCAUCUCAAUCUGGCCCUGCACCAGGUAUCACUUCUGCAACCGGCUCCAGGGGUUCCACAGGCGCCGCCUCUCUGGGCAACAGUCCGCUCGCAUCCAACUCGCCUCCAAGCUCAUCAAGCUCAGGCAGCAGCAGCCGAGCUACGACCCCGCCACCAUCCGGUGCGAGCGAUGACAACUCGCGUCUCGCAGCCACCGAUACUUUGCGUUUCUCUUCAAGUGCCAAUACUUUGCGCGUCUCGUCAAGCACCGAAACCCCGCGUCCCUCGUCAAGCGCAACUGGAACCGUGGUUAUCAAUAAUACUCCACCGCCAAUGACGCCGAUGCGCCGCUACAGACGCCAAGUGCUCAAAGAAGCUUCAGAACAACUGGCGCACGCGAUUCGAGCAAUGCCAACCGAAGCGACCCAUUCCCGGUUUGACACCAGUGCGCGGGCUUCGUUCGAUGAUUUCCCAGGCGUGGCAAACAUCUUCCGUGCCAAAUCGACGCCUCGUCAGCUCCAGCAAGAGCUUGCUUCUCAUCGUCGCCAGGCGCCGGGCUCGCCGACCGUCCGGAUUCUCCACGUCACGGACGUCCAUCUCGAUCUGCAAUACCUCAACGGCAGUGAUGCAACUUGCGGGACAUAUCUCUGCUGCCACGGAAGCUUUGGACCGGGCUCAGCUGGUACCUUUGGGGACUACCAGUGUGACCUGUCCAUCCGCACCUUCAACUCGUUUUUCGCCUACAUUAACGCAACCUUCUCCUAUCCUGGCAGCCCACUGCCGGAAGGAACCGCCAUUAACGGUCAUAUUGACUAUGUGCUUUACGGUGGCGACAGCGUUGCCCACGACAUGUACAAUGCCAGCUGGGGCCGGAACUUGCAAAUGACCCAAAUCCUGGCUCGCGCUUUCCAGAAAAACAUGCCUGGUGUGCCUGUCAUCGCCACCAUCGGCAACCAUGACGUGUAUCCUGACAAUCUGUUUAACAUUGCCACGGAUGGCUACAUUCUCAAAGCGCUUGCUGACGUGUGGGAGCCUUGGUUGGAUGCCCCGGCAAAAGCCGCCUUUAGCAAGUAUGGAACGUAUUCCAUGCUGCUACGUCCUGGGUUGCGUGUUCUCUCGUUCAAUUCGCAGUACUCGUAUUCGCGCAAUCUCUACGUUAUUCUCAACAAUCAAAAUUCGGUAGUCGCCGAAGCUCUGACCUUCAUUCGCGCGACCAUGCUAAACGCUCGACUCGCUGGCGAAAAAGUCAUUGUCAUGUCCCACGUACCGCUCGGAACGAUGGACUCGACCCCCGCCUUCGGCUCACUUGCUGCUCAGACUCUACUUGACUUCCAAGACGUUGUUCUCUUUGGUGUCUUUGGCCACGACCACCUGGACUUUUUCCAAAUGGUCUCUGCUCUCACUAACGAUACAAACCCGACUCCGAACGUGACAGCGCCCGUCACUGUCGCGUUUGUCUCGCCUUCUCUGACGCCGUACACCGAGACCAAUCCUGCGUUCCGGGUUUUCACGCUUGAUGCGACAACGUUUCAGCUGUUGGACGCGGAAACGCACUUUUUCAAUCUGACCCAAGCAAACAUUGCCAGCCAGCCGUGGCGCGGGUCCAGCAAACGUCAGAGUGCCAGUCUGAACGAGAUUGCGCUGGAUGCGUGGAGCCAGCUGUACUCGUUGAAAGCCUUCUACAACCUCACGGAUGUUUCGCCGAGUUCGAUGCACGGUCUCAGCCUCCGCCUCCGUCAUGACGAGCAGCUCGCUGCUCAGUUUGCGACUCUUGCUUACACUGCGAGUGCCCCGCGACCCUGUCCACUUGAGACGUGCGGCGUCGUGUUUUACUGCGUGACCCAGUACUCCAUCGUCAACUACUAUGCCGGUUGUGUCGUCGGGAACACCAACAACACCUCUUCUGCCGUGGGGCGACGCGCCGCCGCAGCCUUGCCACCCGCCCUGGAUUACUUUGGUGCUCAUGUCUAA